UCUUCGUGUAAUCACAGAUUUACCAACGAAUUUGAAAGUGUUACGAGCAGGUGGCUGCAUUGCAUUGGAAAAAAUGCCAGAUUUUUCAGAAAUGUCAAAUAUAAGAGAAUUGUAUCUAGGUGAUUCGGGCAAACUCACUGAGAUUCCAGGCCUAGAUAAGUCAUUAAACUCCAUGACAAUAAUUCAUAUUGGAAACUGCACUAAUUUGACUCCCGAUUUUAGGAAGAACAUCCUACAGGGAUGGACUUCUUGCGGAUAUGGUGGCAUUUUUCUCAGUGGAAAUGAUAUUCCUGAUUGGUUCGACUAUGUCCAUGACGAUGAUAUUGUGUAUUUCACUGUGCCUCAAAGUGUUGGUCGUAUUUUGAAAGGAUUAACUUUGUCCUUCGUUCUCUCUUCAGUCUCAUUCUACGGUUAUCGUAUUAGCAUUAAAAACAUGACCAACGGUACUGAGCUUGACGCCAGAAUCAUACCCGAUUUUCGAACUCAAAUGACGAGUUCAAAUGACGAGCUCAAAGGUUAUUAUCUUUGGCAGGGACUGUUAUCAAAUGACGAGCUCAAAUUGCAAGACGGUGAUAAAGUCUUGAUUGAAAUAAUACCUGAAUAUAAAUGGGUGAAGGUGAAGAAAACAGGUGUUAGUCUGGUAUGGGACAAAUUUAUGAACGAAAAUAUGAUUGAUUACCACCUUUGUGCGUAUGAACGACGCCCAUAUCAAAAUCUGGUCAACAAUGAUGACAUCAUUCAUGUCGAAGAUGAUAAUCACAUAAGAAAAUCACCAGACUUUUCAAAAUUCCCAAAUCUCGAGAAGUUGAUAUGA